UUAGUAAAAGUUUGCUGCGUGGUGCGUGUUUGGUAGUACUGCCAACUGGUUUUAUUUUGUUUUUGUUUGGGUGGAACUUUUGAAGUUUGAUUUUAGAUCCAAAUAUUAUUUAAAUUUCAAACUUAUGCAUUGUUUCUAAUACUUCAAUCUAGGAAUCUAGUAGUAUGAAAGUAAAAUAUAGUUAUUCCUAUGUGAACCUGUAAAUCUGAGUUUCUAUUUAGUGUAAAAUGGAAUGCCAACCUUUGGCCCAACUCUUUGAUCUAAUUCAACUGUUUAAAAAUGGCUUCAAAUCCUCCUGCAUGCCGGAAUUUAUCAAUUGUCUAACAGGCAUUAGGACUUAUGCUUCACAAGAUGGACUAUCGGAUUCUCAGCUGACAGAUUUAGUGCACUUUAUUCCCAAUACCGAUUUGGGUGCUAGGACUGUACAACUUCUAUUCGACUGCUUAAUCCCUGAGAAAUGCGUUCCCCUUGCUGUGUCCAAGAAAAUAUUAACCCAUUUAUUUAUGAAUUACCGAUCGAUGUCUUCUCAGAAAAUAAUACCAAUGCUGCGAUGGAUUAUAGGUGUCCUGGAGUUCAAACUUACAGAUUUAACAAACAUUAAUGGUUUCUAUAGAUUAUAUUUCUUCAUGCUUGAUUACGCCGAUUUUAAUGUUCACAAGUAUGUGGCGCAAAUAAUCUACAUGCUGACAACAUCAGACGAUGUUGUCGAAGAGAAAGUGUAUCAUGUGCAGAAGAUAAUGGAUGCAUCUAAUCGGCCGCCUUAUCUGGUUGCCUUAAUGAGCAAAUUCAAAUCGUUGAAGCCACAAUUGGUGCCGAAAAAUAUACCCAAUGGAAAAGAAAUGAAUGCAAUUCAUUGUCUACCGGAAGAAAUGGCGACUGCCUUCAAAAAUGCAGCUCGACGUAACUCGCCCGAAGAAAGCAUGCAAGUUGAUGAAAACAACUCACUGGCAACUACGCGCUUCCAGCCAUUGCCAGAAAGGGGAUGUCUUGAAAGAAUCAUCAACAGUUACACCAACUAUUCCAACUCAAGUUCUUUUUCAAAACCGGUUCCACUACAUAGGACUCGGCUGCAAGAUAUUGACAAUCUUUACGACCUACACAAAAACAUCGAUGUCAUCGAACUGCCACCGAACAUAUUGAGCCUAUUAGUGAGCGAUAUUGGAAUGCAGUACAUAGCUUUAGCCGAUAAUGACGUACAGGAAAGAUUUGCAAUCAGCCUACAGGACAUUCUAGACAAAGUUUUUCUGAAAAUGACAAUGAAGGCGAGUUACGAAGAGAAGGACAGUUUGCUUCGAAGUGUCAGUCACUUGGAGACCAUCAUGCAGCAGGGAAUCAGUGUAGUCACCAGGUUUCUCGGCAAAUUCCUAGUGUGCUGGGAUGGAGUGAAGUUUCGCAAGUCUGUUUUCAGCCUAAUCGAAUGGGCAUCGUUCAGUUCGUAUGCCGAAUUCGAAGAUCUCAUUCUAUCCAAGCUUUUCAACCAAUUCUGCACUUCGCAAUGGGAGGUGAAAGUUGAAAUUAUCACCUGUCUUAGCAAUCUUCUUACAAAUAUGCAUGUGAUUCACUUUCGACGCUUCCAGAAAGGCACAAGGCCUCGAUUUUUGGGCAUUCACCCUCAGUGGGUUGCUGAUGCGCCUAAGACAUUCCGGUGCUUGAUUGAAGCCAUCGAAUACUUCCUCAUGGUUGGCUUCAUUGCCGAGCCCAAAUCCAAUGCUAUUCUGCAUCGGUUCAUAUCAUUCUAUUCAAUGUUGUUCAAGUUGGAGGAGCAGAUGCCAGUUAUGACAGUGGUGCACUUCUCAGUCGUCUAUCGCAGUAUGUUCGCGCAAAACUCGGCAGCUUUUAGGAGGGUCUGCGAUCUUAUUUUAAGCUAUCGCUCGAAAAUUACUCAACAAGAUCCAGACACAGAAAACAGAUUUCCACAGCAAACAAAGCUUGUUGAUAGCUAUGUCAAUGAUAUUAUGAACUGCUUAUGGACUGGAAAGGCGCUCUCAAAUUGUGAAAGUGGAAUGAUAUUGACUGACCUGAGCGCGUCAGCAAGAGAAGAUCUGAUGAAAAUAAACGGAGGCAAUCCGGACAGGGCGUUUAUGCUGUCCAACAAUAUGAUGCUCUUACCAUACAUCUAUGCCAUCUCAAAGAAAACCAACAAUUUGGAUAUCGCUGCAAUAACAUCCACAAACAAAAUUAUGGAGGUACUGGAAAAUUAUAUGGAAGAAGUGGCUAAUCUUAUAACCCAUGCUUUAGAAUCCGAUAAUGAGAACUCAGAAUUCUUGUCAGUUUUAACAUAGCCUUCGUACCUAGUUUCAACAUAUUGUAAUUAAGUGUUGAUGUUGAAUUCAGUUUGCUACUUGGCGCUGCAGCCACCUGAUAACAUUGGUACUUGUAAAUAAGUUUCUUUGAUAUUGUGUGACAUUUUUUAUUGAAAAACAAUAUUCAUUAAUAGAAUAAAAACUUUUUCUGUUUCAUU